AUGGAUUCUCAUCUGCAAGCCUUAGUCAACCACUUGGUGAUGAUGGCCACCGUGUUCUCUGCAGUCGUGUUGGCGGUGUCCUUCAUGACGGCGGCUAUCGACAUGCGUGAAGAUAGCAUCACACCACAACCUCAAUGUCCAACCAGACCGAAACCGCGACUUGUCUUCUGGCUCCUUCUCUCGAUUAUACAGUCAAUCAUCAUGCUCUUAUGGAUGGCUGGCUGUGUGUUGUUUGUGCCAGUCGCGGUCGUGCAGAUGGCUAUCUAUUGCCCCAUUGCGGUCAUAGGCUUCGUCAUCCAACAGACAAGCGGGCAUCAUUAUGCCGCAGGAGUAGCUUCUAACAUUUGGGACGCUACUACAAGUUGUGGGGUCGCACCUACAACCCUGAGAAAGCGGUCCCUUGAUGCGACUCUCUGGCUUUCCGGUGGUUUCUGGUCAAGGCGACAGUGUGGGGAUCCCGAAGCACAAGAGCUGAUGAAUAAAUCGCCGUUCAGGAACGAGAACAUGGAAUAUAUUUGUUGA